UCACAGUGUUGCAACCUUAGCUCAUACCAAAUCUCUGGGAGAGUUUCUAGCUGCCUGUGAGUAACUCCAGGUUCCCAACUCUCCAGUGUGGGCUGGUAUCCUGGGAACCACUCAGAGAUCAGCUCCUUCCGAGAGGCACUUCCGGUCUUGAGAGGCUAAACAGCCUUCCUCAUCUCUCAUGGACCACAGGCUUCCCACUUGAGACAGCAGAGCUGAAGGCUGAAAUUCCUCAAGGAGUCACCUGGGAGCAAGCUGUGACCAGCCGGGAGUGACACUUCUGUAUUCCAUCCACUCUCUCCUUCCUUGCCCAUCCUUACCCUGUCCUCAUACGCCCAUAGGCACUUAGGCAGAAGUCACCUCCUUGUGAUUCUGCCAAAGAUCUGCUGCCUGUUGGGUUUGUAGGGAGGAGGAAAAAGAAAGAAAGAAAAGAAAAAGAAACAACAGGCAAAGUUUCAUCUUUGAAGUUGUCACCUUGGAGAAGUGAAGUCGAAAAGUGUGACACAAUGAAUGGACCUGUGGAUGGCUUGUGUGACCAUUCUCUAAGUGAAGAGGGAGCCUUCAUGUUUACAUCAGAAUCUGUAGGAGAGGGGCAUCCAGAUAAGAUCUGUGACCAGAUUAGUGAUGCGGUGCUGGAUGCCCACCUCAAGCAAGACCCCAAUGCCAAGGUGGCCUGUGAGACGGUGUGCAAGACAGGUAUGGUGCUCUUGUGUGGGGAGAUCACCUCUGUGGCCAUGGUUGACUACCAGCGGGUGGUGCGAGACACCAUCAAGCACAUUGGUUAUGACGACUCUGCCAAGGGCUUCGACUUCAAGACCUGCAAUGUGCUAGUGGCUCUGGAGCAACAGUCCCCAGAUAUCGCCCAGUGUGUCCACCUAGACAGGAAUGAGGAGGAUGUUGGUGCGGGAGAUCAGGGUCUGAUGUUCGGCUAUGCCACUGAUGAGACAGAGGAAUGCAUGCCCCUUACCAUUGUACUCGCUCACAAACUCAACACCCGGAUGGCAGAUCUGAGGCGCUCUGGUGUCCUUCCCUGGCUGAGACCUGAUUCUAAGACUCAGGUAACCGUUCAGUACAUGCAGGAUAAUGGUGCAGUCAUCCCUGUGCGCAUCCACACCAUCGUCAUCUCUGUGCAACACAAUGAAGACAUCACACUGGAAGCCAUGAGAGAAGCUCUGAAAGAGAAGGUGAUCAAAGCUGUGGUGCCAGCCAAGUACCUGGAUGAAGAUACCGUCUACCACCUGCAGCCUAGUGGGCGGUUUGUCAUCGGAGGUCCCCAGGGGGAUGCAGGUGUCACAGGCCGCAAGAUUAUUGUGGACACAUACGGAGGCUGGGGUGCCCACGGUGGCGGUGCCUUCUCUGGAAAGGACUACACCAAGGUGGACCGCUCAGCAGCUUAUGCUGCCCGCUGGGUGGCCAAGUCCCUGGUAAAGGCUGGGCUCUGCCGGAGAGUGCUUGUUCAGGUGUCCUAUGCCAUUGGUGUGGCAGAACCUCUGUCCAUUUCCAUCUUCACCUAUGGGACCUCCAAGAAGACCGAGCGGGAGCUGCUAGAGGUGGUGAACAAGAACUUUGACCUCCGGCCUGGUGUCAUUGUCAGGGACUUGGAUCUGAAAAAACCCAUCUACCAGAAGACUGCGUGCUACGGCCAUUUCGGGAGAAGCGAGUUUCCCUGGGAGGUCCCCAAGAAGCUUGUGUUUUAGAGCUGCUGGGAAGUUUAGCUCUGUCCCAUACUCACCUCUUCAGGAUCUCAAGUCCCUGGUCUCCUAGCCUCUCCCAGAGUGCCCUCCCUACCUCCUACCUCCUACCUCCAGGGCGAAGCCAGCUUUUUCUAAUUUUACCCUAUCCAGCAAUCUGCAAACAUCUUGUGAAAGACAUGGCAAGUGGCUUCCUGGUGCUAGGUUAUCGGGUCUCCUUGCGAGGGUAGUCACUGUUCCCUGCCUGUCCCUCAGAUGACAGCAAUGUUAAUUUUGUGUAAAAGUUACUCCUAUCUGGCAGGAAGUCCCUCCCUCACCUCCUCCCAUAGUCUGAAUAUGACCAGGCCAUUUCUUCCUCCAUCCUGCACAUGUGCCCAGAUGAAUAUAUUGCACACACUUCUGGCUUCCCCUUUGCAUUUACAGCCUGAGAUCCUGAGCCAGGGCUCGCUAAGGGACCCUCUGAAAUUAGGCAUCUGCUACAUAUAAUAUAGUCACUACCCCGUGAGCAUUUACACUGUGUGAGGAACUAAACUGUGUAUUCUUCAUCACGACACAAGGUUGUGUCUUUACUAUCCACAGUAACAGAUAGGAAACUAAGGCUCAGAGAGUUUAUGAAGCUCUGACAAGUUUGCAUAGCCACAUGUCAGAACCAAGGAGAGGAUCUAGUUCUGACUCUAAGCCUCACAUCUGCAUUCCAAACAAGAUGCUGACCAGAGUGAUGACAAGUGGAUUGACUUGAGGCUAUGGCGACUUAUUUAAGGCUUGGGUUUCCUGAGAAUUAGGAGAUGAACCCAGUGGCCCUUGUUGACCCCUGGACAGUGUUCCACAAAAUCAGAAUGGAAACUUUACCCCUGUCUCAUUUGUUCUGGAAGAGGUUUUAAGGAAAGCUGGGUAUCUUGGUCUAUCAAGUUGGGCUGGAGUCUCGAAGCUUCAUGGUCCUAGCCCCCAACACUGAAAGACAGGUGUGUGAGUUCUCUGGGCAUAGGUUCUAGUCAUAGACAGCCUCAUGUGCUUCCCUCUCCACAGAGGAGAGGCAGCUGGAGAGCACAGACAGACAGCCUCUGACUGGGGACCCUGUGCCCUCCAAGGCUUUCUUCCUCCCUUGACCAUCCUGCUUAUGCAGUCUAAAUGCUGCUGGGGGCGUGAGUGUUCUAGGUGGAGUACCAGCCUCCAAGCAGUCAACAAGUUGCCAAAAUCUCACGAGAACUGUUCUUUACCAGUUAGCUUUUCAAGACAUGUCUGUCCAGCAGGGUCCCGGGAACCACAUGUUUCUAGGCUUCCCAUUAUGAUCCACAUACCCAUCCUGUCCCUAGUUGGGGCCUCUUCACAGCAUACUGCCUUCAUAGCUCCCAAGAACGUGGGUUCAGAAAGCCAGUGGUUCUGGCUAGGAGAAGGGCUGGGCAGCUUUGUGAAGGAGCAGACACCUUGCAUCUGUGCCUUGACUGGACAGAGAUCCCAGCUUUCCCCUUUCCACCAGGGUUAGGAAACAGCAGAGCCCCACUGGCCAACAGAUCCUGAAUUUGUGUGUGACAUAGAAGCUCGAGUCUCUCUGUAGGGUUCGGGGCUGCCUGGGAGCUAAGUUCCUCACAGCAGAGGGAAGGAUGGGUAUGCAGAGCCUGAGUUCCUGUAACUUAAGCUUUAUCAAAAUAAAAAUCCAGAAUUGUAUACUUGCACUAACCCUAAGAGUAAUGAGCCUCUUUUUUCUUUCUUUCAACAUUUCAUAUGAAACAAAGCCAUUAUUUGUUAAUAUUACCUGAUGGUAGUAAG